AUGGACGUGAAGGACUUCGAGAAGGGCAGCGGCUUUGAUUCGCCCACUCCGCCGCUCUAUGGCGACAGUCACGCGACCAAGCCCGGAGUUGGACGGAGGGUGAUUGAUAGCUUCAAGAGAGACCCGAAUCAGAAGGCGACGGCUUCGGGCACAGUGGGCGCAGAUGGCAAAGUCUUUGAUGUUGAGAACGCGGCGUCUGCCACGGCAGAAUCGCCUCUUGCCAGGAAGCUGAAGGGUCGUCAUCUGCAGAUGAUAGCCAUCGGCGGCUCAAUCGGUACCGGUCUGUUUGUCGGCUCUGGCAGUGCUCUAGCAAAUGGAGGCCCCGCCUCCCUGCUCAUAGCCUUCAGUCUGAUUGGCAUCAUGCUGUAUUGUACAGUUCACGCUCUAGGCGAGAUGGCUGUUCUGUUUCCCGUUGCCGGUUCUUUCUCCGCGUACUCGACUCGAUUCUUGGACCCGGCAUGGGGCUUUGCAAUGGGUUGGAACUACGCUCUUCAAUGGCUGGUCGUUUUGCCUCUUGAGAUCGUUGCCGCGUCCCUCACCAUUGAGUUCUGGAACCACGGCCGCAUCAACAACAAUGCCUGGGUCGCCGUCUUCCUCGUGUUGAUCAUUUCUAUCAACAUGUUCGGAGUCAAGGGCUAUGGCGAAGCCGAAUUCGUCUUCUCCAUCAUCAAGAUCAUCGCCGUUAUAGGAUUCAUCAUUCUUGGUGUCAUUCUUAACUGCGGCGGCGGCCCGAACGGUGAAUACCUCGGCGGACGCUACUGGAAUGACCCGGGUCCAUUCAACCACGGCUUCAAGGGCUUAUGCUCCGUUUUUGUCACUGCAGCGUUCGCCUUCGCCGGGACUGAGCUUGUCGGUCUCGCUGCUGCCGAAACCGCCAACCCACGGAAGUCGCUACCCACAGCUGUGAAGCAGGUCUUCUGGCGCAUCACUCUCUUCUACAUCGUUUCGCUGAUCCUCAUCGGCCUGCUCGUACCAUACAACAACGACCGGCUCCUGAACGGCAGCUCGGGCGCCGACGCGUCCGCCUCACCUUUCGUUAUCGCCAUCGAGAACGCCGGCAUCGAUGUCCUCCCCUCCGUCAUGAACGUCGUCAUCAUGAUCGCCGUCCUCUCCGUCGGCAACAGCUCCAUCUACGGCUCUUCGCGCACACUGGCCGCGCUCGCUGAGCAGGGCCAGGCGCCCAAGUUCCUCGCCUACAUCGACCGCAAAGGCAGACCUAUGGCCGGCAUCGCUGUCGCCUCCGUCCUAGGCUUCCUCGCGUUCCUCGCUGGCUCAGACAAGCAGUCAGAGGCGUUCAACUGGAUGCUGGCUAUCUCCGGUCUCAGCUCUAUCUUCACCUGGGGGUCCAUCUGCCUGGCGCACAUCCGCUUCCGCAAGGGCUGGAAAGUGCAAGGUCGCAAGCUCGACGAGCUCGCCUUUCGCAGUCAGCCAGGCGUUAUCGGCUCUUGGAUCGGUUUUAUCUUCAACUGCCUCGUGCUCGUCGCACAGUUCUGGACUGGCUUGGCGCCUAUCGGCUACGGCGAGAUGACUUCAGGCGAGAGGACCGAAAACUGGUUCGCGGUUUACUUGGCCGCCCCGAUCGUUAUUGCGUGCUACCUGGUGUAUAAGAUCUGGUACAAGACUCCGUUUGUGAGGAGCCACAACAUGGAUCUGCAUACAGGGAUUCGGGAGUUGAACCUGGCGGAGCUAAUUGCGGAGGAGAGGGCCGAGCAAGCCGCAUGGCCGAAGUGGAAGAGGAUAUACAAAUUUUUCUGUUAG